AUGGACGCUUUCGUCUCUCGAAACGUCGUCUUUUACUUCUCUCUCUCUCUCUCUCUCUCUCUCUCUCUCGCUCUCUCUCUUGGCUCUUCUGAAUACUCCUUUUUCGCCCCCAUCCCAUUCCUGCAACUAAUUCACAUUUGUUCAAUGCAUUCUUUCCGGUCUUUUAUUGUCAUUUUCUUUUUUUUUUUUUUUUUUUGCCUUUUGGAAUUUUUUUUCCAAACGGCUCUUUAUCUGCUUUUAUUUUUUCUUUUUGUUGCAUUUGUUCUUAAUUUCGCCAAACUCUUUUUCUACCAAAAUGGUCCUUUCUUGCUAUUUCUUUGCUUGCUAGUCUCGUUAUCUUUCUUUCUUUCUUUCUUUCUUUCUUUCUUUCUUUCUUUCUUUCUUUCUUUCUUUCUACACAUUUCCUUUCGUUCUCGGUUAUCCGGGAUGAUUUUCCUUUCUUUCUUUCUUUCUUUCUUUUUUCUUUCUUUCUUUCUUUCUUUCUAA